CUAUAUAGCAGGCGUCUGUGUGUCUGAAAAAGGUAAAAACCCAGUGGAGGAAUCAGACGUUCCACUUAGAUGAUCUAGAAACAGACAAAGACGGAGAACAGAAAGGCAGGAGAAUGAUGUUGACCUGGGAACUCUCACUGAUUCUACUAGCGGUUCUUCUGAUUCUGUGGUUCCUGAAACAGCUCUGGUCACGCAGGCACUUCCCCCCUGGGCCUCUUCCACUUCCCAUCAUUGGAAGCAUAUGGCGAACUGGGACCGGACUCGGUGAAGAUAUUCUCAUUAAGUUGGCUAAGCAAUAUGGAAACAUUUACACGAUAUGGAUAGGACAUUAUCCUAUAGUGAUACUGUCUGGAUACCAAGCCGUAAAAGAAGGUCUGAUCAAAUAUUCAGAAGAAUUCUCUGGACGACCAGUGACCAAUUUCUUUAAACAGACAUUAAAAAGAAAAGGUCUUGUGCUUUCAAACGGUCACACCUGGAAGCAGCAGAGAAAGUUUGGUGUAGUGACUAUGCGGAAGCUGGGACUGGGGAAGAAAGGCAUGGAGCAGCAAAUAAAAGAGGAAGCCCACUGGCUCGUGGACACUUUUGCACGUGCAAAAGGACAGCCACUUGAUCCUCUGUUACCUAUCAUGAAUGCUGUCUCCAGAGUGAUCUGCGUGUUGUCUUUUGGAUACCGACUUUCUCUUGAAGAUGAAAAGUUCCGGGAAAUUAUAGAAGCCGUUGAAUUUAUCCUAAAAUAUUGCACCACCGUUGUUCAUUUUCUUGGUGAACUGUUCCCAUGGUUGAUUAUGCGUCUCCCAGGGCCUCAGCACAAAGCCUUGUCCUUCACACAGCUGGUGCUGUCCUUUGCAAAGACAGAGGUAGCGAAGCAUAAGGAAUGUCAGACGCUACAUGAGCCACAGGAUUUCAUUGAUUUCUAUCUACUUCAAAUAGAGAAAAGCAAUGGUGACCCCACUUCUACCUAUAACGAAGAGAACCUGUCUGAAUGCAUUUUCGACCUCUUUGUGGCAGGCACAGAGACAACCGCUAUUACUCUGCAAUGGGCACUGCUCCUCAUGGUGGCUAAUCCAGAUAUUCAAGAUAAAGUCUACAAAGAGAUGGAAGACGUUUUGGGUCCCUCUCAUUCAAUCUGCUAUGAAGACCGGAAGAGGCUGCCCUACACCAAUGCUGUAAUCCAUGAGGUCCUGCGUGUAAAAUAUGCCUUACCAAUUGGGAUCCCCAGACGAUGUGUAAAAGAUGUGAACAUGCAUGGGUUCAUCAUUCCCAAGGGGACCUUCGUUAUUCCAGAUCUGCGCUCUGUACUUCUUGAUCCUAAGCAAUGGAGAAAACCCAGAGAGUUCAACCCCCAAAAUUUUUUGGACCAGGAUGGAAAUUUUAUGCCUAGAGAGGAUUUUUUGCCAUUUGGAGCAGGACAUCGGGUUUGCCUCGGGGAGCAGAUGGCGAAGAUGGAACUCUUCUUUUUCUUUACCAAACUGCUGAGGACAUUCAGGCUCCAGCUGCCAGAAGGCGUGACUGAAAAAGAAAUCAAUAAAGAACCGGUCAUGGGGCUGGCAUUCCAUCCCCACCCUUUUAAACUCUGUGCUAUUCCCCACUACGAUUCGUCGUAA